AUGUCUGCGCUGCCAGCCGUCCCGGACGAGGGGCCCCCGGAGCAGGGCGUGUCGGACCCGCCGCACGCAGGCUUCGUGCUGGGGCUGGACGUGGGCAGCUCGGUAAUCCGCUGCCACGUCUAUGACCGGGCAGCGCGGAUCUGCGGUUCCAGUGAGCAGAAGGUACAAAGUCUUUAUCCUCAAACUGGCUGGGUUGAAAUUGAUCCCGAUGUUCUAUGGAAUCAGUUUGUUGCUGUGAUCAAAGAAACUGUCAAAGCUUCAGGUAUAGGGAUGCAUCAGAUUGUUGGCCUCGGCAUAUCCACGCAGAGAGCAACGUUUAUUACCUGGAAUAAGAAAACGGGAAAGCAAUUUCACAACUUUAUAAGUUGGCAAGACCUAAGAGCGGCUGACCUUGUAAAAUCUUGGAAUAAUUCCUUUAUAGUCAAGCUAAUCCACAGUUCCUGCCGACUGCUUCAUUUCUUCACGAGAAGUAAACGCCUUUUAGGAGCCAGCUUGUUCACUUUCACAACGCAGCAUGUUUCUGUGAGGUUGGCCUGGGUUUUACAGAACCUGGUGGAGGUGCGAAAGGCUGUUGAAGAAGGGAAUUGCUGCUUUGGGACUGUUGAUACUUGGUUGUUACAUAAACUCACAAAAGGUUCUAAAUAUGCCACAGAUUUUUCAAAUGCCAGCACUACUGGACUGUUUGACCCUUAUGAGAUGUGCUGGAGCAGUUUCAUUACCUCCCUGCUUUCGAUUCCGCUGUCUCUUCUGCCUCCCGUGAGGGACACGAGCCACCAUUUUGGAACAGUGGAUGAAGAGAUACUUGGUGUACCUAUACCCAUUGUGGCCUUGGUCGCCGACCAGCAAGCAGCCAUGUUUGGCGAGUGCUGCUUCCACACAGGAGAUGUGAAGUUAACGAUGGGAACUGGAACUUUCUUGGACAUUAAUACUGGCAACAACCCUCAGCAGUCUGUUGGAGGUUUUUAUCCCCUGAUUGGAUGGAAGAUUGGACAAGAAGUUGUGUGUUUAGCUGAAGGGAAUGCAGGAGACACGGGAACUGCCAUAAAAUGGGCACAGCAGUUAAAUCUUUUCACAGAUGCUGCUGAGACUGAAGGAAUGGCCAAAAGUUUAGAAGAUUCUCAAGGAGUUUAUUUUGUUCCUUCAUUUAGUGGACUGCAGGCUCCAUUGAAUGACCCUCAAGCAUGUGCCUCCUUCAUGGGUUUGAAGCCUUCCACCAGCAAGCACCAUCUCGUACGAGCAAUAUUGGAGUCAAUAGCUUUCAGAAAUAAACAGUUGUAUGAGAUCAUGCAGAAGGAGAUCCGUAUUCCUGUAACAAAAAUCUGGGCAGAUGGAGGGGUGUGUAAGAACAGCUUCGUGAUGCAAAUGACCUCGGAUUUGAUCAAUCAGAACAUAGAGAGACCGGUUCACACGGACAUGUCCUGCCGAGGAGCUGCGUUUCUAGCAGGCCUUGCUGUUGGGUUUUGGACUGACAAAGAGGAACUGAAGAAACUGAGGCAAAGUGAAAGGGUUUUCAAGCCACAGAAGAAAUGGCAAGAGUAUGAAAUGAGUAUGGAAAACUGGAUUAGAGCGGUGAAGCGCUCCAUGAAUUGGUACACAAAGAUAUAA